UCCGUCAACUCACCAUGACAUUCUCUCAAGUUUUUCCUUUUCAUCUGCUCUUCUUUAUCUCCUUAUUCUGCUUGUCUACCCCCAUUCAUGGUCACACAAUUACAAACCAAAGGCAUUUGUUGGACUCAAUUUCUCAAAUUUCAUUGCCACCUUCCCCUGCACCAGAGGCUUCUAGUCCUAGUUAUAAUGUAAUAAAUCCUUACACCACCAGGGUUUUCAAUGUAGUAUCAUUUGGUGCUGCUGGUGAUGGUGUUUCGGACGAUACUAAAGCGUUCAAGAUGGCUUGGGACACUGCUUGCCAAGCUGACUUAGCCGUUCUCCUUGUUCCUGGCGGUCAUUCCUUCAUUGUACAACCUACCAUAUUUACUGGACCAUGUAAAAGUGGCCUUGUGUUACAGAUUGAUGGAACAGUAAUGGCACCAGAAGGACCUGAUUCAUGGCCGCGAAAUAGCAGCAAGCGACAAUGGCUUGUUUUCUAUAGGAUCAGUGAAAUGUCAAUGCAAGGAGGAGGUGUUGUGGAUGGUAGAGGGGAGAAAUGGUGGAACCUACCCUGCAAGCCUCACAAAGGAGGAAAAGGAAGCACACCAUCCAGUCCUUGUGAUAGCCCUGUUGCCAUAAGGUUUUUCAUGAGCUCGAAUUUAACAGUCAAAGGACUCAAAAUCAAGAACAGCCCUCAAUUCCAUUUUCGAUUCGAUAACUGUCAAAAUGUUCAUGUAGAAUCGCUCAGCAUAAAAUCCCCUGCUGAGAGUCCCAAUACUGACGGAAUUCACAUAGAGAACACAAACAAUGUGCAGAUCUAUAAUUCACUCAUCUCCAAUGGGGAUGACUGUGUAUCAAUUGGAGCAGGCAGUUAUAAUGUGGAUAUAAGGAACAUAACAUGCGGUCCAAGUCACGGAAUAAGUAUUGGUAGCCUUGGGAUUCAUAACUCUCGAGCUUGUGUGUCCAACAUCACGGUGACAGACUCGGUCAUCAAGCACUCGGAUAACGGUGUUCGAAUCAAAACAUGGCAAGGAGGAUCAGGCAUGGUGUCCAGGAUCACAUUUGACAACAUCCAUGUUGACACAGUUCGUAACCCAAUUAUGAUAGACCAAUAUUACUGCCUCACCAAGAAGUGCAGUAACCAAACCAGUGCAGUUCUCAUUUCUGAUAUUUCUUACACGAACAUAAAGGGAACAUAUGAUGUGAGGAGCCCACCUAUGCAUAUAGCCUGCAGUGAUUCAGUUCCAUGCAAUAACCUUGUAUUGUCCGAUAUAGAGCUGCUUCCAGCUCAAGGUCAAAUUGUCGCAAACCCAUUUUGCUGGAAUGCUUAUGGAACUAUUCAGACACUCACCAUUCCACCAGUUGAUUGCUUCUUGUGGGGAAAUCCUCAACUGGUAGACCAGACCGAUGUUAAUCAGUGUUGACACCCCAAUUUCUAUGUAACUACAAUUAGGAAA